AUGACCAAGAGCACAGGGGAGACCCCGCGGGCGCGCACCCCCGUGGCUCGUCUCCGGCAGAACAUCCACAUGCGCACCAUGAAGGCCAAGAAGAAGGUGGAGGACCUCAGCAACGCCGACGUCAAGACCUUCCUGAGGAAAAACGCCUUUGUGCUUUUCACCGUCGGAGCGGUUGUGGUUGGUAUAAUCCUGGGUUUCGCUCUGAGGCCCUAUGGGAUGUCCUAUAGAGAGGUGAAGUACUUCUCCUUCCCCGGGGAGCUGCUGAUGCGCAUGCUGCAGAUGCUGGUGCUGCCCCUGCUGGUCUCCAGCCUCAUUACAGGCAUGGCAGCGCUGGACAGCAAGGCGUCGGGCAAGAUGGGCAUGCGGGCGGUCGUCUACUACAUGACCACCACCUUCAUCGCCGUCUUCAUCGGCAUCAUCAUGGUGCUCGUCAUCCACCCGGGCAAGGGCUCCAAGGACGAGUUCACCAACCGCCAGAAGAUCGCCGAGGUCAGCCCCGCUGACGCCUUCCUCGACCUCAUCAGAAAUAUGUUCCCUCCCAACCUCGUCCAAGCUUGCACACAACAGUUCAAGACACAAUACGGCAAGCGGACUGUGCAGGUGACCAUCACGGUGAACGAGAGCAUCACCAACCUGACCAACAACACGCAGGUGAUCACUCGAGAGGAGGUCAUCCCGAUGCCGGGGGCGACCAACGGGGUGAACGCCCUGGGCCUGGUGGUCUUCUCCAUGUGCUUCGGCCUCAUCAUCGGCAACAUGAAGGAGCAGGGCCAGGCGCUCCGCAGCUUCUUUGACAGCUUGAACGAGGCCAUCAUGAAGCUGGUGUCCAUCAUCAUGUGGUACGCCCCGAUCGGCAUCCUCUUCCUGAUCGCCGGCAAGAUCGUGGAGAUGGACGACAUCACGCAGAUGGGCGGCCAGCUGGGCAUGUACACCGUGACCGUCAUCAUCGGCCUGAUGAUCCACGGCAUGAUCGUGCUGCCCACGCUCUACUUCCUCAUCACCCGCAAGAACCCCUUGAUCUUCAUCACGGGCCUCCUGCAGGCCCUCAUCACCGCCCUGGGCACCUCCUCCAGCUCAGCAACUUUACCCAUCACCUUCAAAUGCCUCGAGGAGAACAACCAAGUGGACAGGAGGGUCACUCGUUUCGUGUUACCAGUGGGUGCAACUAUCAAUAUGGACGGCACAGCGCUGUAUGAAGCACUGGCAGCCAUAUUCAUUGCUCAGGUCAACAACAUGGACAUGAACUUUGGCCAGAUCAUCACAAUCAGCAUUACAGCUACGGCGGCUAGCAUUGGAGCUGCUGGAAUCCCCCAGGCUGGCCUGGUCACCAUGGUUAUCGUGCUGACCUCUGUGGGUCUUCCAACCGAUGACAUCACGUUGAUCAUUGCUGUUGAUUGGUUCCUUGACCGGUUACGCACCACCACCAACGUGCUGGGCGACUCCAUUGGGGCGGGCAUCAUCGAGUUCCUCUCCAAGGACGAGCUGAUGGCCAAGGACGCGGAGAUGGGCAACUCUGUGGUGGAGGAGAGCAGCGAGCUCAAGAAGCCCUACCAGCUCAUCUCCACCCAGGAGAACGAGUACGAGAACGAGAGGCCGCCACCCGACACCGAGACCAAGAUGUAG